CUCACUGUGAAGAUAAGAGUAAAGAAAUGGAAAAAUGGUAAAAAAAAAAAAAAAAGGUGGAAUGAAGAUAAGAAAGGAAGAAGAUUAAGUACAAAAGUCAAUAUUAUUUAGAAAUAUUAAUGAGAGAAACAUAAGGGAAGAAAUAAUAAUGAUCAGAUUAAGAGCAGGUCAUACCUAUUUAAAUGACAUUUCAUAUUUAAUAGGGAGGGGAAAAAAUUAUAAAUGUGAAGGAUGUGGAGAGAAAGAAAAUGCAGAACACGUAGUGAUGAACUGUAAAACAUAUGAACCUGUAAGGGAGAAAUUGAGAAGAAUGGUUGGAAGGACAGGUCAAUUUAUUUACAGAUUAAGGAAAGCAUUAUUUAUUUAUCUUCAGAAUACAAAUUUUUUUAAAAAGAAUUUGAUAGAUGUAAAGUAAUGUUGCUACACACUCGUGUACAGUAGGUGGCGGUAUGCACCUUAAAGUUGCAUGCUAUCAGCCAUAAUAGAAAAGAAGAAGAAGAAGAAAAAGAGGAAGAAGAACUGUGAAGAUGUGUGUCAGUUCAACUCUGACCUGCAGCUUCAAGUAAAUCCAUCUCAACUGCAUUUUGUCGCCUUGCCUCCUUUCCUGAACGCAGAGCUCCCGCCGGUCAAAGUGACAGCGUGUCUCUUGGUAAUGUAAUGUUUAGGAAAACGAUUUGUGUCGCUGCCAACAGAAAAUUAGCGUCCAGUUCAACGAGAAGGACCUCGCUGCAGCAAACAGAAAGGGGCGGGGACGGACCAGUCAGUCCCAUACCUUAUUUGGAAAUGGGACUAUCGCACUCCGGAAAUGAAGGGGGCGCUAUUUUCAUAAUCACUAGUGUAAAUACCUUAAAGAAGCGGGGUUGAGAGGUCGAUUGAAAGAAGUUUAAGAGGUUCUUCAAUUGAUGUUCGGCACAGGAUCCACAAUGCAAAACCCACAAAGUCAGCAAAAGAUCCACGUAUCUAUUUGCAACAUUCGGAACGGAGAGGAGAUUCUUCCGUAUUUUCUGAACGAUAAAUAUUGCUGUCCCCUUUGCUCAUACAGUGCCGAUGAAUCGUACAAGGUACAGAACCAUAUAGCACAAACUGCUAUGGUUCAACAUAACGAAUUCCAUAUAUUCAGAUGUGCCCUACCCUGUAGAGACACAUCUCACUUUCAUUGCCCGUACUGUUUUUCAACCAUUGACAGAAGGGACAGGUUUGUUAAUCACUUGGUUAAGCACACGACGACUUUCAAUAUGGUGUCCAGCUGUGCAUCAGCCCAGCCACCUGUCCAUCCAGCUGUUACCAACAUCCAGGCAACACAGACAGUUGUUCAUCCAGCUGUUACCAACAUCCAGGCAACACAGACAGUUGUUCAUCCAGCUGUUACCAACAUCCAGGCAACACAGACAGUUGUUCAUCCAGCUGUUACCAACAUCCAGGCAACACAGACAGUUGUUCAUCCAGCUGUUACCAACAUCCAGGCAACACAUAGAGUUUUCCAUCCAGCUGUUACCAACAGCCAGGCAACACAGACAGUUGUUCAUCCAGCUGUUACCAGCCUGCAGGCAACACAGAGACCUGUCCACUCAAAAGACAUGAUUACAUGUGAAAUGUGCAAUCUGCGCCUGAGAAAAAAGAAUCUUCGUACUCAUUUGAAAAGAAAACACCAGGAAAAUGUGGAGCUGAUUUCACAUAGUCAUCAUUUAAGGAGUCAGUGUGUGGAUGCCAAAAUAGGUGUUUUUGCUGUUGAGAAAUCCUUUAAUGGUCCAUCAAGACCCAUACAUGUAAUAAAAAACACCUCGUCACAAUUUCACAGGUCAGAAUGUGAGCUCGACAGGUGUAAUAUGAAUGCACAGUUUGCCAAGCGAAGUGGGAUUUUGCCUUUUGAGUGCGAACACAUUCAAUCUUUACACUUUUGUCCACAAGCCACGGACUCAGAAGGACCUCUGUCUGAAACUACCCUCAACAUCCUGGUUGACAACUUAUGGCUCAGUCUUCAAAGAAAAGAAGAACUUUUAAAAAAUCAGCAGGAGGCGCUAUCAAAUGAUACGCCGUUUUCAGUUCUUCUUUUUGGCAGUGGGACAGACACGACUUUUCACGUGUCCGUCUUUGAACCUAAAACGUCGUUUUUCAGCAGACUUGGAAGAGUGAUCGUCACUUACGACAAAGAAGAAAAUACCUGGCAUUGUGCAUGUACAGAGGGCAAAAGGUCCUGUGCGCACAAGGCUACGGCAAAGUGGCAUCUCUUUGAAAAAAUGCCAGACAUGUUCAAAGAGGCAGUGAUUUCAGAGGAGGAUGUUAUGUUUGGGACAAGAGAAUCAGAAUGUCAGGAGGAAAGUGGCUCCUUUACUGAUGAAGCAGCAGAGAGGAUAAUCAAGUACUUGAUUAACCAGAAGAAAAUACCUGCUGAUCUUCCUGACAGUCUUGUCACCAGCAGUAGAGACGCCAAGGCUCUCGAUGAGUUCCCCAAACAUCUGAUCCCAUCAGAGACCGAAUGCACAGAAUGUGGACAGCACGCCGGUCUUGGUGACCCUCAGUUGGUAACUUCCACUGCUAACAUAUUGACUCUGACAGGAGCAGUCAAAGGUAUAUCAACAUACAGGAAGACUUGCCCCAACUGUUCCAUGGUUUACCGAUAUCAAGACUGGGAAGAUGGUAUCCACAACUUCAACGAUCACCUGCUGCUGUCCAUACAUUUGUGUCUGGUACUGAGGAAUGCGUUGCAGACUCACACUGCUGUAAGUCGCAUAAUCGAAAUGAUCGAAUGCACAGAAGGAGAGAACUUUCCUAACAAGGAUCGGAUCCUGCAGGCAUAUCUGUCGUUUGAAGGUCUAAGUGACCAUGACUACCAAUACUCAUGCAUUUCAUGUGGGUAUCAUCCUGCAGUUGUUGUCAUGGAGCGCCAUAAGAAAGGUGUUUUCAGCAUGCCGGUUGGUGAAAUACCAAACCCACCUCAACACUAUAAUGGCGAAGUGAAUGCACGCUCUUUUUGGGAAGCAGUUACUAUGGAAGUGAUUAGCCGUGGACUUUAUCCACCUGGCUGCAGGAAUCCUUUUGUUGUAAAACCUACUUAUCACAACUGGUCCCCCUGGAUUGGACCACAGACGAGACGGUCUGACAUUUUGAUAAACACAGAGAGUGAAAAAGUCCUCUUGCCUGAUUCCAACGGUGAUGUAGAGCAGAUUCUCACAGAGGAGCGGCUCGCAGAUGAGAUUCUCAAUCUCAAGCUGCCUGAGGUCAGGAGACUCUGCAGUCAAUGUGGAAUUGACAGCAGAGGUUCUAAGAUGGAUCUUGUGCUCCGUCUGCGGAACAAAAUGGCUUCUAAAGCCACAUACAACCAGGUUUUUGAUAAAGUGUGGGGUUCUUCUGGUGGGUGGGCUGUAAUCACUUGUCCCUGUGGCGUUAUUUAUUCUGUAAAGUUUAACCUGAGAGCUGAGAGCCCCAGAGACUUUGCAGACCUUCUUUUAUCCUGGAGGUUUUUCCCAAAUAUCACAAUGUAUGACUACCCCAGGGGAUUAGUAAGUCAUCUAAAGAAGAGGUGCCCUAAGGAUACACCAUUUACCAUCCACGAAGGUAGAUUGGUUGAGCCCACACCUGAAAACUUAAGACAAGCUACUGACAAAAGCCUUGCUGUGAACUUGCCCUGGUUGAAGCACAGGAAAGAACCUGAAGACAAGGGAGGACAUCCUGUCACUGGCUCAGUAGAGCACUAUUGUCUCAGUGAUGUUUCCCACCAAGGCGAUAGCGCGGACGUCUUGCGGCGGAUUGAGAUGGUUCCAGAACUUGCAGGAAGAUUAAAGAGUCAGUGUGCAGAGCAACUGUUUGCAGGCAUGAGGAAGAACAACUACUUCCUCAACAUGCUCACCCCGUCCACACACGUCUUUCUGCAAAGAAACAUCCUCCACCAUUUCAACCUUCGGAAGAACAGAAAAACCAAACGAGAAAUUCUAGAAGCUGCUGGGCCACGUGCAGCAUUGGUCCUAGACCAAAAUGGAUGCAUUCACAAUGGCUCUAGUGUCCCUUAUUCGAAAGUAGGCUGACAGGAAAGGGGGAAGUAGAGGAGGGAAGACAUGCGACGGCGGUCCGGGAAUCGAACUCGCGACCGCCGCUUCGAGGACACCAACAACACCACAGAAAUGACUUUGCUUGCUCAAGUAUUGGACCAAACCAGAGAUGCAGGUGAAUCUUGUGUUGAUGGGCAGGUCCUCACUAGAAGAGAUGUUCAUUCUUGGGUUAUCAGAAGACAUCAAUGGGCCGAUGCCUUUGAAUGUUCCUGAAGCUGUUCUGACACAGGGAGACACAGCUGACCUCAGUGACCUGCAAGCCGUUGUUUUCAGGAUGAAGACUCACUUUGCCUGGCUGGAUGGUGAGAUCAACUUGGGAUAAAUUUUCAGAGUCAUUCAAGGCAGAAAACCGGAUUCCUUUUUGCUGCUGUAACAUGUUCUUCCUGCAACCGGCAAUAUAAAGACUGUGUGGGCUUCACUGGAAAUAAAAGACUAGGAGAGAACCCUCAUUACUACUGAUGUCAUGCCUGGACACUGCCCUGAAUGUCAAUGCUGAAUGCAAGGAGAAUAGUAGUUGUUUGCCACAGUCUUUCACACAUUUCAGUUGUCACCCAUUGCUGUUUUUUUGUGACUCAUUUCUGCAUCCACGAUGACUUUACCUGGAGACAGAAGGUACAAAUGAGUCAUGUGACUUUGCAUGACAAUCACAAGAUGGACCUGGAGACAUACUGGUAAUGGUUCACUUGAGCCAGUUAGUUUUACAAUCUUGUAUUCACUACUUUGUAAAUUGCUUUUUUUCUUGGUUAUUCAUUUUUUACGAUUCUAUACUUGUUGGAGGCCAAAGAGACUGGGAUAGUUGGAGGAAAGGUUGAACGGCCCUUCUCAAAUUGACACCUCUUUCUGUUGAAGUGAGAAUCUGAUUUUCUCCAGUUUUAAGCAGGACAUGAUUUCAGCUGAUGGAUGUAAAUAUACUGAGAAAAUUCUUAUUUUCUGUUUAUGAAGAAGUGGAACUUCUUUUCCUUGUAGGAGAAGAGGGAAGUGAGCAAAACAUGCUGCACAAUUAUCUUUUCACUUUCAUUUUCCAUACUUCCAGCCUAAACAGAAACAGCUAGUUCUGUGAAUCUGUAGGCUUAUGGUGCAUCACCAUGAUCGUCUCUGCAGAUGAAGGCAUUUCUGUAACAUUUCCUGACGCUGUUGAUUCUCUCACAAUAUAUCUAAGAAGAUUUGACAGCAUGUUAAGCUGAAAUUGUGGGAGAAUUUAUAGGUGUCUAAACUCAUAAUUAUAUAUAAAUUAAGAAUUACACAAGACUCGGAACUCCGUCUGCUCAUAGUCGAACGAGAAGAGAUUUUUAAUGCACAUCUGCGGAUCUACAACAUCACAUACACAUCGUCACAGUAAUCCAAAAUCUCUUAACUUCUACUUCUGACAUCAGGUUAUUAUAGAGUCCCAGCUCUACUGGUGUGUAUUGGGAAGCUUUGACCAAUGGCGUUGCUCUCCUCCAUUUGCAUAGUCAUCUGGCUCCAUUUCAUAGUGGUUGUGUAUUGGAAGUUCCUUGGAAAUGUUCAGACCCUUUUGACCUCAUAUCUGCUCCGUUUCAAAAGUGCCAAAAAAGCCAAUUUAUCACAAAGUGUUGUUCUUAUCUUAUUCUAACAGUUUGCUUUCCAAGCCAUAUUCGUCCAACCUUGUGCUUCGCACACAAUCAAAGGAAAGAGAGUUUAGUUUGAAUUGACCUUUAACGGCGCCAGAUUUCCUACGUGAAUAGCAACUCCAUGAAAAGUAUUUCCUCUCUUUAGUGAUUGUUAUUCCACAUCUCUCCAAAUCUGAAUUCCUUCCUGACUUCUAGGUCAGAUUGACCAAGUCUAUUUGACUCAAUACAUUUCUUUUAGGUUAAAACAUAUUUUAGUACAAACCAACCAAUUAACAUAACUUUUAUAUAUUAAUAUAAUAAUAUUCCCCUACAAAAUCCACGGAUGAGGUUCUGAUAAUAGUAAAGAGUAUUCAUAUCUGUACCUGCUGUCUGCAACACACAAAGCUCUAAAUAUUGGUCAUCUCGAUGUCCAUGUUUGUCACAAAAGACACAGUAAUUCUUCACCUGUAAAAGUAAGCACUAAUAUACAGCAUUCAAAUUUCAGAGGCAUUUUUAAUUCAAAUUCUGAUGGCACAUAUUUACUUCCAUAUGCAUGCAACAUGCGACGGCGGUCCGGGAAUCGAACUCGCGACCGCCGCUUCGAGGACACCAACAACACCACAGAAAUGACUUUGGUAAAUGUUUCUAUCAACUUUGCUUUAAUAUUUCUUUCUGGGGUGUUUUGUAAGAAUUGUCAGUACUUGCAGUUAUGACAUGGUCACGUCUUUCAAUAUUUGUUUAUAACAAAUCACACUGCACAACAGUGAUCCCAAUAGUUUUCUAUUGGAGAAAUCGAUCAUAAAGUGAAAAGUGAAAUUUCCACAAACAAGCAGUAUAAAGACAUUGUAAGCUGUGCAUGUCAGUACACAUAUUGAGGAAUGCAUAAUGUUAUUGUGAAAAAUCAAGUUAAUACAACUGUAUUUAUCUUGAAUUUUCCUUUCCUAAGCUUGCUCAAGUAUUGGACCAAACCAGAGAUGCAGGUGAAUCUUGUGUUGAUGGGCAGGUCCUCACUAGAAGAGAUGUUCACUCUUGGGUUAUCAGAAGACAUCAAUGGGCCGAUGCCUUUGAAUGUUCCUGAAGCUGUUCUGACACAGGGAGACACAGCUGACCUCAGUGACCUGCAAGCCGUUGUUUUCAGGAUGAAGACUCACUUUGCCUGGCUGGAUGGUGAGAUCAACUUGGGAUAAAUUUUCAGAGUCAUUCAAGGCAGAAAACCGGAUUCCUUUUUGCUGCUGUAACAUGUUCUUCCUGCAACCGGCAAUAUAAAGACUGUGUGGGCUUCACUGGAAAUAAAAGACUAGGAGAGAACCCUCAUUACUACUGAUGUCAUGCCUGGACACUGCCCUGAAUGUCAAUGCUGAAUGCAAGGAGAAUAGUAGUUGUUUUCCACAGUCUUUCACACAUUUCAGUUGUCACCCAUUGCUGUUUUUUUGUGACUCAUUUCUGCUGAAGCACAUUUGCCUUUCAACUUGUGCAGUCAUUAUUUUUCAUAAUGUGUUCUUUCAAUAUUAUGUACAUUUUUGAAUGUUCCUUUUGUUGCAGCUCAGUUGAUUUACAUUAUUUAGUUUUCAUAGAAAUGGUGUCGUUUCCACACAGUUGCAUCGUGGCUGUAAUAUGUUGAAGAGAGACAGCAGAACCUAUAAAGUAGUUGUAAAUAUAUCGUAACAAUGUUGUUUAACUAUAGGAUAACCUUGUUUUAAAGAUUUGAAAUGCGAGCAAAGUUAAUAAUUUGCAAUAUUUUCUAUGUGUAAAUACAAUGUUUCCUUUUGAACAAUGACUGGAAUCAAUACAAAUUUUCUUUACAAACCUGAAAUGCGGCUAAGUUGUUUUAUGUUUCAACUGUCAGAAUCAACUAUUUGUUUUUGUUAGUUUUUUUGUAAUAAAGCAAGUACACACAGAAACAUAUUGUUCGGUUACAAAGUUAUAAUACAAACGUAAGAUUAAAAGUAUGCUGAGUGAAGGUGGAGACCGGGUGGAGGCUUCCAUCACCUCCACCCGGUGAGGAGCAGUUGUACACAUCAAGAUGGAUUUAUGAAGGGUGGAGGAGAUGAUCAGGUGAGAUGAAGACAGUUAUAGUUUGAAUUUACACAUUGGUUUGAUUUAUGUAUCCAGUGACUUUAUUCAAAAAGGUUUUCAUAUAGAGAAAAGAUUCUCUGGCGGUUACCAGCUCAGUGUCGACUGCCGGGUCCGAGCGCCGAAGAUGAAUUCUUGUCACAUAAACUUUCUAAAAUCCUCCUUUCUCUCUGUGUGAGAAGUCUCAUUUAAAGUUUUAAAAGAAUCACUUUGGGUUUUGCGACAAUUGGAUAUUUAAGGUCUUUGGAGUGCAGUUCAUGAAUCGAUUGCAAUUGGAAGAAUUGAUGUGGGAUUUCUGAAUGGAAUAUUGGGACACCAAUCACCACCAGUACUGGGACCAGUAAACUGAUUAGCAAUCAGUUUACUGGUUGAGCUGGAGUUCUUCUAGGAAAUGUUUCCAAUGAGACAUUAUGGUAAACAAUGAUAAUAGCUGAGCCAGGUCACCUGCAACCAAGAAUAUAGUUAUUGGAAUGUCACUUGUUAGAAGUUCAAAAGUCCUUUGAUUUGAUUAUAAAUUAUAUUCACAACGUCAAUGAUGAGAAAAAUGUUUGGCAAAUAAAUAGAAUAAAAGUGCGCUGUGAAUGGACAUACUAAGUGGGCCAAAAUUGUUGACUAAAUGUAGCUAUUACAGACAUCUUAGAAGUUGAUAUAACUUACAACUUCUAAGUUAUGUGAAGCUUCUCCAGGAACACUGAUAGAAUUUCUUAGAGGCACAGAAUCAGUCCCAAUUUCCGGUCCACGUUAUAAGAUAAAUGUGGCAGUGUAAUAUAAAUGGCCAUUAAAAAUAACUAAUUAUGCUAAUGUUGCUAUGGUCGAACUUUAUGUGUAGAGGUGGGGGUAGUAACUUCUAUGAAGAAAGAAUUGCCUUUGAAAGUGUAUUUACAACACACUUUUUGCUUUCUUUUGAGUAAAAGUGGGAAGUUACUCACCUACUGUGAGAGAAGAGACAGGAGUUCUUACGUCACCCCGCUUUCUGAUUAGCUACCUGUCACAUUCUACAGGCUGCGUUCUCGCUCCCAGUCAGGGUAAAACCCCACAGGCUGCGUUAAAAGGGCUGAAAUGUGCUAUACAAAUAAACUUGACUUAUUGAAUUCUCAUCAAGUCCGAUUAACUGUUCAUGCUCUGUAAUCAACCUACUUCCUGUGGAAUGGUUCGCCUGACAGGACAUAGACAAUUGUGGGACAUUGUUUACAUCUGAAGUAAGUGCAGUCAUCUUGUGUGAUAGAUUUGACAUCUUAUUAAAUAAUAACAAGUAAUAACAUUUCACUUAAC